CAAUUAUGCAGCUAAUGACUGCUACCCCUUUCUACGCCAUGAACUCAUCAGACAUCACUGGAAGAAACAACUCCUUGGACGAAGAGGACGAAGAGUAUGACUACAAGGACGAGCACGCAGAGCUGAGACAGUCCCUCAAAAUCAUGUCUCUCAUUGUUUACUGCCUGGCCUUCGUUCUCGGUGUGUUGGGGAAUGGAGUGGUUAUCUGGGUGACCGGGUUCAAGAUGAAGAAAACAAUUAACACCGUUUGGUUCCUCAAUCUCGCUGUGGCCGACUUCCUCUUCACGUCGUUCCUGCCCCUGGGUGUGACGUAUAUCGCUCUGAAUUUCCACUGGCCUUUUGGCAACUUUAUGUGCAGACUGAAUGCCCUUGUACUAUCCUUGAACAUGAUCGCCAGUAUCUACAUCCUGGUGGUGAUCAGUGUGGACAGAUGUGUGUCUGUGGUGUGGCCCGUCUGGGCCCAGAACCACCGAAGUGUACGCAAGGCUUCCUGCGUGAGUCUGGUUGUGUGGAUAGUGGCUCUGAUUCUCAGCGCUCCAUACUUCAUCUUCAAGGACACUGUGUCAGACCCUGACGAUGAAGACAUCGUCUACUGCUUUGACAACUUUGCCCUUUCUGACGACUAUGAAACACCAUCAGUGAAUGACCUGCGACAGUUUCGACAUCAGACCAUGACCAUCACCCGCUUCCUCCUGGGAUUCGUCGUCCCCUUCACCGUCAUCGUCUCCUGCUAUGCCGUCAUCAUCCAUCGUCUCAGGAGGAACCGCACUCUGGCCAGCCAAUCGAGUCGCCCCUUCAAGAUCAUCGCUACCGUCAUCACCACUUUCUUCCUGUGCUGGGCGCCGUUUUACAUCAUGACUGUAAUCCAGCUGGUUUAUCACACAGCGAUCAGUCCGAGUGAAACCUUGGGCCACAUCAUCACUAUCGGUUUCCCUAUAGCAACCAGCCUGGCCUUUCUCAACAGCUGCCUGAACCCACUGCUGUAUGUGUUCAUGGGUAAAGAUCUUAAGGGAAAAGUCUGCAAGUCGAUCCUGAACCUGUUGGAGACUGCCUUCCAGGAGGAAGAGACACACUCCUACACCAAGACAAAGUCAACAGACUAGUAAUACAAGCUAGAAAUACCGAAGAAGCAGAAUAAUGUAUAAAUUCUGCUAGAGAAAGCCCAUGUUUACCUUUACAGAAAAUAGAAUCUUAUCACCAAAACUUCUUGUAUUUCAGAAACCACCCAGAAGGCAUUACAAAAUAUGUAUUACAUAAAUUUAUGGUUGAAUGACAGAAAAUGUGCGAGAAAAGGGAACUUAGUUUCUUCAUCUUUCACAUGCACGGCAAAUUCUGAUGCAUCCUGUG